AUGGAAGGGAUUCAACCCCCAAACCAGAAUGUGGCAAAUGUGCCAAGGUCAAGAUUCAAGUGGAACAAGAUAUGGCUGGUGGCCUCUGGGAUUCAGGGGCUGGGGCUGAUCCUAUGCCUGAUUUACAUCUGCCUGCACUUCAAUACUUCUCAGGUGGAAUCUCCUCCACUUCAAAGUAUUGGCGUAAGGCUUCUUGGGUGUGAGAAGGAGAGAUUUUCCCUCCUACUUAACGAAAAUGAGAAUGAAACCAUGAAGGUGCAAAAUAACUCAAUAGUAAUCAACUGUGAUGGGCUGUACCUCAUCUCCCUGAAGGGUUCCUUCUUUCAGAGUGUCAGCAUCAACAUUCAUUACCGGAAUAGAUCGAAUCCUAUUCUUGUCUCCAGCAUGGAUAGGAGGAUUGACUUUACCACAGUGAUCCAUAUGGGUUACAAAGAUGAAGUCUACUUGAAGCCCAAGAACACUGCCUGUGAACAGCUCAGCUUCAAUGGCGGGCAACUGUUUCUCAUCCAGCUACGUUCUGAUAGGUACUGUGCCCAGUGA